CUCUGUGUUCUGUUUGUUUGUUGUUCAGGAUCAAAGAGGGCGUCUGUUGAACCUGAUGAGUUUGAGGCAAAUGGUGAUCAGACAGGUGAGAGGGCGGCCAUGACGGAGGAAGAGAGAGAGUAUCUCCGCUGGUUCUACCGCUCAGAGGACCCGACCGUCUGGAAGUAUGUGCUGCUGGGUGUUGCCUUUGUCUGCCUGCUUGUCGGCUUUCUACUGCUAGGGAUGGGAGCAAUGGCCAACAAGAACAGAAAGAAGAUUGCAAAGUACAAAGCCGCAGCCGCUCUGGCUCAGAUGAGUGAGGGGGAACAGCUCCAGGUUAUUUCAGCGAUCGGUGAUGACAGCAGCAGUAAAACCUCUCCUUCACCUAACAGGCUGCAGCAGGGGAACAAACCCCCACCGUCCAAUGGGGAGCUGAGCGAGCUCAAAGCAGGAAGCAUAGUGGUCACAUGGAGGGACGGAAAUACCUCCUGCCUGUACUCAGACCCAGAGGAGGAGCAGAAGGAGGAGCAACAAGUGGAGCAACAAGUGGAGCAACAAGUGGAGCAACAAGUGGAGCAACAAGUGGAGCAACAAGUGGAGCAACAUGUGGAGCAACAAGUGGAGCAACAAGGGGAGCAACAUGUGGAGGUGUCAGCCGAUAAGCUGGUUCCUGAUGAGCCAGUAAAGGCUGAGGAGUAAAGAGUUAAGAUUAUAGAUGUGUUGGAAUAUUUAUCUGCAGAUUUUAGCUGCUAAUGCUAAUAAGUUGCAAAGAAUCAUCUUUGUGAGUCCACGAAAACCUCAGGUUCACAUUCACUGUGGAGAAUACAUUAGUUUGACACUUAAAAGGAUUUGCUGUUUGUUUUAUAUAUAUUUUUCUUUUAAAUGAUUUACUUGCCGUUAUUCUUCUAAUCAUAUCCUUUGUCCAGAGUUAGUGCUUGUCAAAGUAAUAAAUCAACAUUUCCCUGCUUAAA